CUAACCACCAACAAACCUCAAAGAAGACGUGGAAGAUUUUGCUUUGUUUAGUUUUUGUUUUUUUGGAUUGGGCUUCUGUUUGCUGGUGGAAGUCAAGUAUUAACACUGCAAGAAUAUUGUGUGUUAAACUGCAGCGGAUGGUUUGCUAUCACCAAAAAGCGUCUGCUGAAUCACAACACCAUGUGACCCCGUGUUCCGCCAGGUUUAUUUUUCAUUUCAGAUGCAGAGCACCAUGGGUCGGCGCAGCGGUAGCAGUGUUGUCUCUCACAGUAUUCCAGUAGUGAGUGUGUGCAUCGCUGCUCUGCUCCUCAGCAAUGCCAUAAUUUACCUUUAUCUGGACUCUGUGUAUCAGACUGAUGAGCAGCUGGUGUCUCCUCAGAUGGGCUGUGUGCCUCAGCACUUUAAAAUCUCAACCAUGAAAAACUGCACACCCUGGCUCCAGUGUUCACAGAUAAAUUCUGAAGUACGCAAGUUGAAGAUGAUCGGCCAGGGAGCCGUUAAGAAGGUCUACCUGGCAGAGUGGAGAGGUCAGAAGGUGGCUCUGUCCAAACUUGCCUCCAUGGAUUACCUAGAGGAUUUUGCCCAUGGACUGUCCAUGUUACAGGCCUUACAGGGCCCCCAAGUGGUGCAGUUGGUGGGGUCUUGCCUUGAAGAUCAAACCCUUGUUACAGAACACCACCCACUUGGCUCACUGCUUAACUUGGAUGUUGUUCUUGCACAAGAGCAGCACCAGCAACACAAUACAUGGCAGAUACGGCUGAGGCUGGCUACAGAUUAUGUCUCCAUUCUUCAUUACCUCCAUAACAGCCCAGCUGGACGUCGAGUCAUGUGUGACUCCAACAGCCUGGAGAAAACUUUGUCCCAAUUUCUGCUGACAAAUGAUUUUCACCUGGUCGUGAAUGACCUGGAUGCGCUGCCUGAAGUGGACUCAUCCAGAGGCUCAUUUGUAAAAUGUGGCCACCGGGAGCUUACUGGAGAUUUUGUGGCCCCAGAGCAGCUAUGGCCAUUCAGAGACAGUAGGAAACCAUUUUCAGACAAUCUCAUGCCAGAGUAUGAUGAGAAGACAGAUAUCUGGAAAAUCCCAGACGUGACAUGGUUCCUGAUGGGAAAGGUACCUGGUGGGGAUUUGGUCCACUUCCAUCUUUUUCAGAUCCAUGAGGAGUGCAAGAAGGAAGACCCAAAGCUCCGCCCCUCAGCUCUUGAUGUUUUGAAGGUGUACAAAUCAGUCUACAGCAGCAUGGUGCAAGACAAUUUCGGUUUUAGAGACAUGCUAUAGACUGACAAAUUCCUUAGAAAUAUCAUAAAUGUACAAUCUACAUUUGGGCAACAGUUUCACAUUUGCAGUAUAGUAAAUGCUACCAAAUUAUUCUUUCAUCUAGUAGCAGUUAGACUCCUGUAUUCUGUAUAUUUCUGUAUUUUGUUGUUCCUGAUCAACCCAUCUCAUAUGAAAUCUAGUUUAAUUUUGAAACAUUUUUAAUUUAUCUAAUGCAAAAAGUGAUAUGUAACUAAAGUACCAAACUACUCUGGAAAAUUCUUUCUCUUUUUGAUUUCUUCACCAAGGUCUGUUUUUAUUCAUUAUAACCUUGUUAGCAAAGAGUAAGUCACAAAGAGACAUUGCAUUGGGAGAGUUGGUAGCAAUAAUACAUAGUUACUGUUGUCAACAUUAAAUGCUGAUGUUUUAAAGUAGUUCAUCCACAAUUAUUUGUAGAAAAUCUGUUUCCCAGUUCACUGCCUCUUUAUGCAGUUUUGAUGCCCGUGUUGUUAGCCAUAUGGAUAGAUUUUCUUGGAUAUUCCAAAAGAUGCUGAUGUCAAACAAAUUGAGCUCAUAUUUUAUGAUCUGUCAAUCUGUCAUAAGCUAAAAUGGUUUCAGCAGAGGAAGUUCUAAGAACAUGUUUUGUUGGGAAUAAAUUUAUUUCUGGUGACUCUUGCCACAAUCUGGAUUACACCAACUGCUUACAUCAAAGACACACCUUGAGCAUUGUUAGCUGAAAGGUUUGGAAGCAGAGUGGUCUAACCCACUUUCUGUAGUUUUUGAGAAAAAUGGGCUCAAAGUUAUGUGCUUCCAAGAAAGGUCUAACAUUCGAAGCGUCACUGUAACGCUAUAUUUGGUUGUGGUUAGACCACUAGAUUAAAAUCUAGACCAUAAAAUAUUACAGAAAUUAUAUAAAACUCAGUUUUGAUUUUUUUGUGGGUUACACCACUCUGCUUCUAACCCCCUCAAUUACACGUGUACAGUAUGAGGGUAAAUUGUGAACCACUACUUCAUUCAUGCUGGGUGUUGAAUCAAGAAAUGUUUCACUUGGUAUUACAUGCAUAAAAUAAACCUGCUUUGGUGGAACAUUUAACAUCAAUUGCUUAUGGUAACAUUUUUCAUAAAAGUAUUUGAUGUACUGUGAGUUGGAAAGCCAUGAUUUUUCUUUUAGCUCAAUAACAAUGUUGUAUAACUCUUGCAGUUGGGACCACUGUUCCCUCUAAGCUGCGCGCGUGCGCAAUUGCGCACUGCUGACACGGUCUCUGCGCACAGAAAAUCUGCGCUGCGCACAAAAAAAAAUCCAACCUAAAUUGUAAAUAAAAUAUACACGUAACAAUUCAAUCUGUGCUAUUUUUCAAUGUGAGUCAGUGAGUGACCGGUGACUGGCUGCUGCAGCCAAUGAUGCGAUUCACAUACGUAUUUACCAUAGACUGUAUAUAAUGGUGUUUACGCAGCUAAUCAACGUCAGGUGUCCUUAUGUGUAGCCACCGUUGUUCUCAUAGAUAUGAAUGAGUAGGUAGGACACGCCCCUUUGAGCUGCGUGCUACAGCGAGGCUAAGCUAGUGGGGGCAAAGUUUAGUGCAUUCCGUUGAUGUAGACGGCGUGAAAACGGAAACAACAAGUAUGCCGUCUCACUGUGCUGCAUACAGUUACACACUACGUCGUACGAUUGAGGCAAGGAAACUUGGAAUGACUUUUCAUAGGUUUCCCAGAGACUAUGGGUUGAGGAGGAAUUGGAAGUUUGUCGGCUUAGACCUGGUGUCAUUCCAUCAGUGUUAAACUUCCCGGCUCAUCUUGGAAGAGUACGUGCCAGAAAGAUCACGACCAAACAGCCUUGAGAUCUUAGGCAGCGUCUCCCUGAGGUCCCUCUCUAUCUCCCCACACAUCCACCAACCACUGGAACACAUCUCCAAAGUUCUGCUGGGCCAGCUCAGCUUCCCCUCAGAAGAAGUGCCGCCACCUGCCAGAUGAAGGAGCCUUUUGAGAGGCAGCUGGCAUCGUGAUUGGACUGUACUUUGGUCUGUUCCAAUCCAGCUUCAGCUCCAGAGACGGCAGGCGGGACGAGUCAACGGAGGCCGGGUGGACGAAGGCAUGCAGCUGAGUACAAUCCAGAAAACAACAGAGGAGGAGUGCAGCGACCCAGGGCCAGAACAAGCAGAGUAUCAUGGUAUGUCUCUUAGAAAACAUCAUAGUAUAGCCUUUGGUAUGAAAAAACACCGUCAUAUACAUCGUAUAUUGUACAAAUAACAAGUCAAAGGAAAGAGACAUACAUUGUAGAAUUGUAGUAAUUGUGGGCUGACUGAUUUACUGAUUAUCAGUAUUUUAUUUUUUACUGAUUUAUGGUAAUAAAUACAUUUAAAAAUGGCGCUA